AUGGCUAACGGACUUCAUAUUGACCAUUACAUCGCAUUAGCGGCUUUGGUUAGGACAGGAAAUUUCUCCGUGGAUUUCUUCAAUUUCAGCGGUAUGGAUAACGAAAAUAUGACAGCUUUGAAAGAGUCCAUGCCACCGCCGGAUGUCAUCACAAGCAUCCCAGCGGUGAAGGCCUUCUUCUACUGUCUCUAUAUCACUAUAUUUGUGACAGGGAUAUGCGGAAAUGUCUUAGUUUGUUACGUCGUCUUUCGUAACAAAGCCAUGCAUACUGUGACUAAUAUCUUUAUUGCCAACUUGGCUUUAUCAGACAUCUUGUUGUGCACCUUUGCUGUUCCCUUUACUCCACUGUAUCUAUUCAUGCAUGAGUGGGUAUUUGGUGAUGUUCUUUGUCAUCUUGUUCCCUAUGCACAAGGUGUCAGUGUUUAUAUAUCUGCUUUUACCCUGAUGUCUAUUGCGAUUGAUCGCUUCUUUGUUAUUAUCCAUCCAUUUAAGCCUCGCCUGCAGGUGAAGUACAGUCUUUUGAUCAUUGUCUUCAUAUGGGUGGCGGCUGGAUGUCUCACUUUGCCGUAUGGAAUCUUUAUGGAUUUAGUCCCCGCAAGAGACGGGAGGCCAUAUUGUGAUGAAGGUUGGCCUCAGGAUUCGUUCCGCAAAGCAUUCGGAUUUACCACCUCCGUUAUGCAGUUCGUUAUUCCGUUCGUCAUCAUAACGUUCUGUUACGUCCGGGUCUGCUGCAAACUGAGAGAUCGUGCUCGUAGUAAACCCGGAAGUAAUUCGCAAAGAAAAAUGGAAAUGGAAUGGGAACGUACCCGUCGUCUCAACAGAAUGCUGAUAUCAAUGGUGUUGAUCUUUGGAUUUUCCUGGCUGCCACUCAAUGUACACAACCUUGUUGUGGAUUUCUACAUUCCAGCAAGCACAUGGGCUUACUUGAAUGGGUUUUUCUUCCUCUCUCAUGCAGUAGCUAUGAGUUCAACCUGCUACAAUCCUUUUCUGUAUGCAUGGUUGAAUGAGAAUUUCCGCAAGGAAUUCAAAACCGUUCUACCUUUUCUCAAUGAAGCUAGAGUAUGCCAGUUCUUUGAUUCCGCAAGAGUUCGGGAUCCUGAAAAUGCCAACCCUGAUCCAGAACCUCAACCUGGGUGCUCUCGUCAAAGCGUAAGCAAGGGCACUAAAGGGCCAACCAAUGAAAAAGCGACCUCACUUAAAUAUAGUCCUGAAACAGAUACUGUCCGCAUGCAAGUCAAUGCGGAUGAAGUGAUGACAGCUGUUUAA